AUGUUUUAUAAAUUAGCAAAGGAAGAUGCCAUGAAUAUAUCAACAUUUUAUGCAUUAAUAACAAGUUCAGACCCUUGUUUACAGACUCUAGCUGGUACAUUAGGUGGUCUUGCAAAACUACCAGAUGGAUCAGUUGUUCGACAAGCCAGCUUUCCUGCUGUCUCUUCCCAUGCAAAACUCUAUCCUGAAACAUGGAUUUCAAUGGAACUAUCAGAAGAUUUUAUUCAAGUGCCUGUUUCCAUAGAAGACAAAAGCUAUAGAACUGUAUAUAAUCUUUUCCACAAAACAAUACCAGAAACUAAAUUUAGAAUUUUAAAUAUACUGAGGGUACAAAAUCCGUAUCUUUGGGAAAAAUAUAAAAGGAAAAAGGAGUACAUGUCACGAAAGAUGUCCGAAAUGGACAAGAUCCUUAACGAAAGACAUCUGUUUCAUGGAACCUCCCAGGAUGUGGUUGAUGCCAUCUGUAAACAUAAUUUUGACCCCAGGGUGUGUGGAAAACAUGCCACCAUGUUUGGACAGGGCAGCUAUUUUGCCAGAAAGGCAAGCUAUUCUCACAACUUCUCAAAGAAGUCACAAGAAGGUGUUCAUUAUAUGUUCUUAGCAAAAGUCCUUAUAGGGAAGUACACAUUGGGCAAGCCUUCGAUGCGGAGACCACCACCUCAAUCUCCUACUGACCCUUCCAGUGAUUUGUAUGAUUCAUGUGUGGAUAAUCUGCUGGAACCUCAGAUUUUUGUCAUCUUUAAUGAUGACCAAAGCUUCCCCUACUUCAUUAUUCAGUAUGAAGAUGUUGGAAGUACAGUCAAUGUUUGAUGAACUAUGAUUAACAGUAAUUAUAAAAAAAAGACUGGAGAUACUAAAAUGAACUCAUCUACACACUAUAGACUUUGAGGUCUUUAUAAAUAGAUUUACAGGUAAACUACAUGACUCUCACAAAUGACCACCUGAUGUGAGACUACUGUAUUUGCAAUUCUUUGACCAGUGUAAAUAGCAUAAUACGUUGCCUUGAAAAUGUUCAGAUGUUAAUGUGCCUCUGUUUGUGAAUGAGUGAGUGUGUAUUUAUAUUAGAAAACAUGUUGCCCAUUUUUAAUUCUGAAGUAUUUGAGAAAGUUGUAUACUUGACCUGAAUACGGCAGUUUUAUUCUUGAAUUGUCAGAAGCUGAAGUUGUGAAAUUAAAUGUUGAGCACUUUUUUUAAACCAAA